GUUCCACCAAGUGAGAAGAGUGAUGACCAUCCUUUUCCUUACUAUGGUUAUCUCAUACUUCAGUUGCAUGAAAGCUGCCCCGAUGAAAGAAGCUAGUGUAAGAGGACAAGGCAGCUUGGCUUACCCAGGUCUUCGGACCCACGGGACUCUUGAGAGCCUAAAUGGGCCCAGUGCUGGUUCAAGAGGAUUGACAUCGCUGGCGGACACUUUUGAACAUGUCAUAGAGGAGCUUUUGGAUGAGGACCACGACAUCCAGCCCAGCGAGGAAAACAAGGAUGCAGACUUGUACACAUCCCGAGUCAUGCUAAGCAGUCAAGUGCCUUUGGAACCCCCACUGCUCUUUCUGCUUGAGGAGUACAAAAACUACCUGGAUGCUGCAAACAUGUCCAUGAGGGUCCGACGCCACUCUGACCCAGCCCGCCGCGGGGAACUGAGUGUAUGUGACAGCACAAGCGAGUGGGUGACAGCGGCAGAGAAAAAGACUGCAGUGGAUAUGUCCGGGGCAACUGUCACCGUCCUGGAAAAAGUCCCAGUACCCAAAGGCCAACUGAAGCAAUACUUCUAUGAGACCAAAUGCAACCCCAAGGGGUACACAAAGGAGGGCUGCAGAGGCAUAGACAAGAGGCACUGGAACUCCCAGUGCCGAACUACCCAGUCUUACGUGAGAGCUCUCACUAUGGAUAAUAAAAAGCGAGUUGGCUGGCGCUUUAUAAGGAUAGACACUUCCUGUGUAUGUACAUUAACUAUUAAAAGGGGAAGAUAGUGGAUUUGUGUUGUAUAGAUUAUAUUGAGACAAAAUUAUCUAUUUGUAUAUAUACAUAACAGGGUAAAUUAUUCAGUAAAAAAUAAUUUUAUGGACUGCAUGUAUAACUGAAGUUUAUACAGUACAGUGGUUCCACAGUCUAUUUAUUGAACAUAUCCAUGACCUGAAGGGGAACAAGUCAUUUGCGCACAAGUUUAAAAAAAAAAAAAAAAGGAAAAAAAAAAAAAAGAAAAGGAAAAAAAAAAGAAAAACAAGCAAAGUCUGCAUUACAUUCCUCGAUAACGUUGUGGUUUGUCGCCGUUGCCAAGAAUUGAAAAUAUAAAAAGUUUUUAAAAAAAAAAGAAUAAAAUUGCAUGCUGCUUCAAUUGUGAAUUGAUUAUAAACUGUCCUCUUUCAGAAAAAUAAAUUGAACCAAAACAUUCCGUUUACAUUUUAGACAGUAAGUAUCUUUAUUCCUGUUAGUAUUAUAUCUGUUUACUGCUUUUAACUUCUGAUAGCGUUGGAAUUAAAACAAUGUCAAGGUGCUGUUGUCAUAGUUUUACUGUUUCUCUUUUACUUUUGAAUUCCCAUCAGGUUGAAAAAGAAAAAAAAAAUCAUUACCUUAUUCUGGAUUAAAAACAAAUUUGGGUUUUUUUGUAUGUUGUGAAGAUGUUUGCAAUAGCAAUCCAACUACUGACAAAAAAAAAAUAAAAAAGGAGGCAACU